GGAUUGCAUAGAGCGAAAAAGAAAGGCUGUUUGCAAACCAGGCAAUGAAGAGUGGACUUCACCGGUUGCUUUGAUAGUACUUUUUACCACAGGCUACAAGUGAGAUUUGUGCUUCGAUUUUUCCCACUGGGCACAGACGUCAAUUCAUCGACUAUUCCACGUUGGUUGAAUGUCAUUUUAAAGAAAUAACGUGGAAACAUUGGUUCAACCAGUGUGUUCGAAUGAUGUCAGUUUAGGAUGCUCAUUACUUGUCAUGACAACAUAUAUUUUCCGACUGUUCUCCAAUUUGUUAUAACUCUCCGUCUUCCAGAGAACAUUGAGGUUUCGAAUUUGGAUUUUUUUUUUAACCUGCUGCUCGAGUGUCGAGCCCGUAGUAGUCCAAAAGACCAUGCCGUCCGCAGGCUGGUGAACAGUGUGUCCGCGUACAUGAACAGUGAACUCAGAAAGUUGUGCAAUGUCGAGCACUAGAAAUUGUCGAGGAGUGAAAACGAUGGAUAAUGAAACUAUUUACGGGACAUUUUAUCAGGAUAACUGGGAAUAAUCUGGACUGGAGAUAAAGGAGUACAUUUGAGAAAUUUGCACAAUGUGCUGAAUGUAAAAUACAAAUGUGUUUAUUUAGAGAUAUAGUAGCCUACAUAUUUGUAAAGACUGCCUUUGCAAUAUUUCAUAUGUAUAUCGAUGUUGUUACCGUUAUUUAGAUCGCAAAUAUGUUUGAUUUCAGCAUUCAGCAAGUUCAGUCAUUUUAUGCACCUUACCUACAUAUUUAUCAUCAUGGCGCACUUACGCAACCUUAUGCAUUGGACCAGCCAUAAUCAGCACCCUCAGCAGUAUCUUCACAACAUCUCGCUCAUAGUAGAUGCGGAGACGAUUCACGUGGUCUACACUAAGGUUAGUCUACCGGGGAGAUGGCGGCGGCGCUCGCCAGCUCCCUGAUACGACAGAAACGUCAAGCAAGAGAGGCAAACAGCGAAAAGGUCGCUACUUCGAAACGGCGCACCAGCCCCAACAAAGAUCCCCGCUCCUUGUGUGAGAGGCAUAUAUUUACUGUCUUCAACAAAAUUCGGUUCUGCAGCGGCAAGAAAAGACCAGUCCGCAGGAAGCCAGAGCCGCAGCUGAAGGGCAUUGUGACUCGACUGUUCAGCGAGCAGGGCUUCUACCUGCAGAUGAAGCCGGACGGCACUAUAAAUGGGACCAAGGACGAGAACAGCGACUACACUCUGUUUAACCUCAUCCCAGUGGGGCUGAGGGUGGUAGCCAUCCAGGGGGUGAAGGCCGGCCUCUACGCAGCCAUGAAUGGAGAGGGCUUCCUCUACACCUCAGACUUGUUCACAGUAGAGGCAAAAUUCAAGGAGUCUGUUUUUGAGAACUACUAUGUCAUCUACUCAUCGACGCUGUUCCGGCAGCACGAGUCUGGCAGGGCCUGGUACCUGGGCCUCAACAAGGACGGCGUUGUCAUGAAGGGCAACCGGGUGAAGAAGACCAAGCCCUCCUCACACUUUGUGCCCAGACCCAUCGAAGUUUGCAUGUACAAAGAGCCAUCGCUGCAUGACAUCGAGGAGAAGGGACGCUCACGAAAAAACUCAGGGACUGAGGCUCCCACUCACCUGAACGGAGGAGAAAAAGUGGUGGGGCAGAACUCCACAGAGCAGGAUGGUGGCUCAUAGCCUGCACAUCGCCCCACGUAUUUCUUACACCUUGUUCAACGACAGCAACAACGACCAUAAACAACAACAACAAACAACAACAACAAUAAAAAUAGAAGAAAAAACAUACAAUUACGAAAUUCUUGCCUGUGAAAUAUUUUAGAAAAAAGGGAGAAAAUAUUUUUAAAUCAGGACAUUGAAUUGACAUUUUAUGCAAAAGCCUGAUAUGAGUGUGGCACCAGGGAGUUCGUCCUCCUCAUCAUGACAAUGUCAAUGUUUCAAAGCUUUAAACCAUGGUAGUUCACACAUGUUGAUUUUAUGAAUGCAACAACACUUUCACGUACUACUUGUGUUGUUAGAAUCAGGAAUUAGCAUGGUAUUGUAAUUGAUUUAGGGCUUUAUUCAAACAGAUCAGCUUUAGUCGGCAUCCGCAUAGCAGUUGUUUCGGCGGUGUCGGAGGUGGAACUGCGCUAGAGCUGUCAAAUCGACAAGAGGCUCCUGGCAUUAUACCCAAAACAGACAUUGCCGUUUAAGAGAAAUGUUCGAACACUGGAAUGUGAGAUGUCAUUUACACCUCGAUUAGGCUGAUCCUCAUAAUUUUGUUUUAAAUUUGAGCGUCAUUAUUUCUGUAUAGCCUACGCUUUCUCGUUCUGAACUUGGGUGUGGCUUCGUGACAAUGAUCAAGAACAGCUGCUCACCGAUUUGACAGCUCCAACCCAGUUACACCUUCGACACGGCCAAAACAUCAGCUGUGCGGUUGUCGGCAAUAGCCAGUUAACGCUUGAUCUGAUUGAAUCUAGGCCUAAGGCUCUUUCCCCUCUUCCUCCUAUCAUAACUAUAAUUUUCCUUUUGGGUUGGGGAAGGGGGGUCAUGGAUGGGGUAAAGGCAGGGGUUUGGCAUGGGGAGGUUCUUCUGCAGACACUGCCGUCAGAUGGGAAUAGGUGUGUAUCACGAAUCCUGCUCUCUGAUUUGCUAUGAUGCCCU